ACAAACCCAGUGCACCGGCACUGCAAGCUUAUCGCGUGCAAAUAUGGAGUAACCGGAUCCAGAGGAGUUACGGAAUCCGAACGAUCACAUACAAUAACAGACAUGUCUGAGGUUAAUCAAGAAAUGGAAACUGGGAACACUGGCCAAGAAGAAGCCUCGGCAGUUCCAGUGAGCAUCAUCAGCAAGGGACCUGUGUAUCCUUCUGAACAUGGAGCAUCAGGAGGGGAUGAUGGGUCUCAGAAGAAGGACUUUGAGAGCAUCUCAUUGGAAGAGGUGAAGAAACCCAGGAGAAUCAUUCAUUUCAGUGAUGGGAUCCUCGAGGAGUACAGCACGGAUGAAGAGGAUGGAGAAGACAAGGCAGUGGUAGAGGAACCUCCUGUGGAUCCAAAAACUUUAGACUGGAUGCCUUACAUAUGGUUCUACAUGAUGAAAUCAGGAGUAACGACUUACAAAGUUUGUGAUUAUUUAGGGGAGAAACUGGCAUACUUCUUUGGAAUCACAUCACCAAAGUAUUCAUACGCCCUCAGUGAAUACAACAGACUAGAAAAAGAGGAGAGGGAAGAGUUGGAUCGCCAGAUGGCUGAAAGAGAAGAACAGAAGGACUUGAUAGCACGACAAGAAGCUGAGAGGGUGUUCCAAGCAUCGUUGGCAAGUCAGCCCGAGCCAGGGUUACCCACUAGUACCCACUGAGAUACAUAGGUCUUUGCUGCUUGCUUAUGUGGCGGUAUCUCCUGGAAUUGGUAUCCUUAUGCAAAUCUUUGCUUCCAGAAACUUGCAAAGAUUUCUACAUUCAAGUGGGACCUAUUUCUACAUUCUUGGAGGACAAAAUUAGCAUUUGUCCUCCAAGAAUGUCAAAAUAGGAUUUACUUCUGAUUUAAUGUGUAAGAUGUUCCUUGCUGAAACUCAUUUGUUACAAGGGAGACAUGUUUUACACAAGUCUUAAUUGAAUAUGAUAAUUCCAUUUAAUAACCUAGGAAAAGUAGGGACAUAACAUCAUCCCACCUUGCAUUACUGUGUUCACAAAAUAUAACUAAAUUUUAUAAUUAAAAAGAACUGAAUUAUAUUUUAUCAAAUUUGGAUGAAAAUUUUCAAUGUCUUUCUGAUUUAUUUAGAUAUGUAUACUUUUAUUUUCCACUUGGAGUUCCUCUUUAAGGAUGAUGUCACUUAUCCAAGAGGAGACAAUCCAUCUUUCACACUGAGUAGUAAAAUGAAAUAUCUUUAAAAAUAUGAUAGAAUUUCAAGAUGAAAUGAAAGAUAGGCAUGUGGUAUCAUCACCCCCAUGAUUAGGACCAGUUCUGGCAUUUGAACUGCUAUUUAAAACAAUAAUUUCAACUGCUAAUGAUACUUUCCAUUGAUUAUAAAUGACUACUUUUUUCUUGUUGUAUUAUAAUUUUUUUUUCUUUUAAUUGAUGGAAUUAUUCUUCAUUCAUGAAAAUCCAUUCAUCUUUUCUUUUCAUGGUGCAAUAUUUUGUAACAUAAUUAUACAUUUAAAAUUUCAUUUUGAUAAUUAUUUAUAUUUAAGGGUUAAACACAUUGUUACAUCAAUGCCUUUUUGUGAUGUGUGAUUACUGUAGAUAUUGCCUUUUUUCAACAUAUUUUUGUUUCCUCUAAAACUAGAAUAAAACUGUAAGUUCGGGCCUGGACUGCUGGUAUAGGUAUUUGUUUAUGAUUAUUUACCAUUUUGAAGCAAUAAUGGCUCACAAACACGAUACCCUUUUGUAAUACUUUUUCCUUCUAUUUUGUGUUUGAAGAUUGUUUGUGUGUUUAUUCUCCUCCCACGUGCCUUAUUAUUGUAUGCAUGUGAUACCAAUUCUUUUAUGCUGGUGCAUGUUCAUCCAUUUGGUUUCUACUGAAGUGAUCCGUGUUCUCAUGUUUUGUUUGAUUUUGAUGCUGCGUUUAUCAGUGAGGUUUACAUUCCUUGUUUGAUUAUAAUGCAUUAACAUUUUUUAUGUCGGAUAUUACGAUUUUCGUUACAAUCUUAUAAUCUCGUAUUUAUAUGAAUUUCACAUUUGAUUGUAUUUUUUGAAAUAAUCUUUGAUAGUAUGUCAAUUUGUAGAAUUGAAAUAAUAUACAAAAAAUGCAUGGCACGGCUUGCAUUAAAGUUAAGUACAGUACACUCAAGGUUUCCCUAGAUUGUUGUGCAUCUAUGCACACAUCUUCUAAAAAUACACACAGAGAGCAAGUAUGUAAUUAGUUUUAUAAAAUAGUGACAUAUGAAAUCAAAACAUGAUUAACUGAUCUAUAACUAACUUGUAUAAAAAAAAUCCAACAUUCACUGACCAAAAAGUCCAUGUGAGAUUCAACUCUCCAAAAGUGAAUUUCCUUAAAUUAAAUCAAAGCAAAGCAGUUGAACUUGAGUAGACACUGACAGACCAAGUCCAAUUAGGCCUAACUGUAUUAGAGUCCAAUUAGUAAAUUCCAAUAAUAAUAAUAAAAACCUAAAAAAAACAUUUACUUCUGAUUGGAACUUUGAACAUGAUAUAGAUGUAACGUUAGAAGUAAGGCUUUCAGAGUACAACUGCUGGACGAGAAUGCUGCUCACUUUCCUUUUUUUAAAAUCGCCUUUGUGGCUAUCAUCGUGGAGCGUUGUGGCCUAGUGGAUUAGUCUUCUGACUUUGAAACAGGAACGUGGGUUCGAAUCCCAGCCAUGGCGUAAUUUUCUUCAGCAAGAAAUUCAUCCACAUUGUGCUGCACUCAACCCAGGUGAGGUGAAUGGGUGCCUGGCAGGAAUUUAUUCCUUGAAAUGUGUGUGCGCUGUAAUCUUAGUAAUAACGGCUGCCAAGCUACAGCUGGGGUAAUAAUAUCCAAGUCCUUUGGAAGCGCAUAGAGACAUUAUUCAUAAUGUGAUAUGUGCUAUACAAGAACUGUAUAUUAUUAUUAUUAUCAUGAUUCAGGCUUUCCGAUUACAGCUGAUGAGCAAGAAUACAAUUCAUUUCUCUUUUCUGUUUCUCACCAGGCCACUGAUACUUGUUAUGUUCCUCCACUGGAUACCUGCACUGUCUGGUGUGCUUGUUGUUGUCAUAUGAAGUGCAGGAUUUAUGUACACUUACAUUACAUGUAUUUGGCACCUUCAACCAACAUUACAAUAUAUUGUCUUGAGCGUGUUUGCUUGUGUUUUAAUCAAAAGUACCACGAAGAUCCAUCUUUUGAAGCAUCUGUUCUAAUUUUGAUCUUUGUCAUAGCAAUUUCCUUGGGCAAGAAAGUCAUCUGUAUUGUGCUGCUCUCAACCCAGGUGAGGUAAAAAGGGACCUGGUGGGAAUGUAUUCCUUGAAACACAGUGCGUGUAACGGCAGCUCUGCCUAAGCCAGGGUAUUUAUGCUGCAUUUAGUAUAGAAUGCUUAGAGACUUAUAAAGUAAAGUGUCAAGUGCUAUAUAUACAAGUAUGAUUAUUAUUAAUAUUAUAGCCAGGGGUAAUUUGGAUUUAGUUUCCUGAUGUAAAUCUAGAAUACCCUUAUUGGUCAUGGAUUACUGCAGCUUUGAAUCUCUUACAUGCGCCCAUUUGACACCUCUUUCCCCGUUUCCUUAUCUUCUCUGUUAUUAUUUGUGAGACGAUCUUUCUUCUUCAAUUGUGUAAGACCACUGUUGACAUCUUUCGCAAGACAGGUCCCUCUUGGGGCAUGAAUUACUGUUUUGAAUCUCAUACAUGCGCCUGCUGAUUGACACUCCUUUUCCCUUUUCCUUCUCUGUUAUUCUUUGUGAGACAGUCUUUCCUCUAUAUGAUGAGAAGACCACUGUCAACGUCUUUCGAUCAUAAAAUUGUCUUCAAAAAUUUCUUUUAUAAUUAUUACCUCAGUAGCAGUGUUGGGUGCAAGGCGAGAAGACAAGGCCGAGGCCAGGCUGCUCAUUCUGUAUCUGUGACAGCUUCUGGUUGUCACUUACUGUUCAGUUAGGGACAAGUCUUAAACAUGGCUAAAUUUUGAAGAGUGCCUUUACCAACUGGAGAUUACUGCCCAGAAGGUGCAAUUUUUUUCCUAUGUACCGUUAUACCGAGGUUUUUUACCUGACUGCUAAGAAACAUGAAUGCCUGUGAGCAAGCAACCAGGGGACCUACGGCUUAAGGUCCUCUCCGAGGGACUUGGUAAUGAGGAUAAAUGCCUUACCAAAGGGCACUAGCGCACCACUUGGGAAUCGAACCCGGGUCACCGGAAUCCGAAACCCCCGCUCUACCGACUGAGCUAUAGCUUUAGCAGAUGCAAUAGUUGGUGAAAUCUAGACAACUUAAGUAGAUUCCAUUCUGGGAUGGUUUUCAUUAAUAGAAGUACUGUUAGCUGUCCUUAUAUGAGCUUAUAUCCCUUGUCACAUUUGAUAUUGAAAUUUUAAAUUAGAGAUUGAUUACUAGGUACUAGGUACUAGCCCAUGUGUUUCCUUGAACAAGGUUGUCAAUGUGGCCUUACUCCUCCAAAGAUUUAAUGUCUCCCAUUCGAAAUUAUCAUUAAUUAGUUUUAAUCACAUUCAAAUAGUGUAUUUUUGUUGUAUUCACAGAAGGAUGGAAAUAUAAGGCAGUCUGAAGUUUGGAACGGCUGAAGAAUUUCAGAGACUGUGUUUUCAGGUCACAAUUAUUAAAUUUUGAUCAUUAAAAUCACUAUUUCAGAAAAUGUUAGUAAUGUGUCCUGAAAUAUUUUGAACGUAGUAUCUAGAAAGUAUUAUAUGAAAUAGUAUGAUUAUGAAGUAACUGUCAAAUGUGAAAGAUAUGUAAUGUAAGUCUAGUUUUCUUGUUCUCUUUUUGGAUGACUGCUGUACCCUUAUGCAUUAAAAUGCAAGUUUCUAUUUUUUGUGGUGUAUACAAUAGAAUGUUCUUCAAAGGGUAUUCAUUUUUGAUCUCUUCUUGUAUGAAUGUUAUUGAAGUUGAACCGGGCUAUGUAAACAAAAGAAGACAAAAUUGCCUCUCUCUACUAUCACUUACAUCAAGUGCUACAGUCACACCAGGGGGCCGUUUCAUAAAGCUGUUUGUAAGUUAAGAGCGACUUUAAGAACGACUGGUGAACCUUUCUUACGUGCUAAAACCAUCGCCAAUGGAGUAUACCAUUUACCAAAAGAAAGGAUCACCAGUCGUUCUUAAAGUCGCUCUUAUCUUACGAACAGCUUUAUGAAACACCCACCAGACCAACCAAAUCUAUCAAGUUAUUUAUACAAAACCAACUACAAACCACUGGUCAAGUUGGUGUAACUGUCAUGUAAAAGAUUUGAUUUCGCGGGUACAUCUAAAUUUAAUUUACCACAGUUAUAUAAAAAUCGGUUUGUCACCUAAACCAGGGGAGUAUUACAUGAAAGAAAUGAUCAAUGAUUUUCUCUGACUUUUGUUAUAAGUUACUGAGAUCCUUGCAUCUGAUUGGCUCAGAGCAAAUUAGUCUGAAAAUCACUGGCAAGAUGCUCCAUGAAACACUCCCCGGGAUGGGCCCCAAGACAAGGGUAAAUAAAGGACAUGGAUAAUAAAGCAAUUAUUGACUGGCCGCGUGGCGAUACGACAUAUAUCGCCCAAACUAGAUUUAUAUUGCCCGAGUUGACGAGGGUGAUGUCAAUUUAGUGAGGGCGACAUAUGUCCUUUUUCGCCCCCAGGCCAGUCAAUAUCGAUAUUAUUAACCAAAUUAGACAUCUAGAGCAAAAAUUGUUACAUUUAGAUAUUCUAGAGUUUAAGAAUGGGAAUCUAUUUCGUCAUGUUGAGCAGACUGGGCCUCUGAACUUUACCAUUGUGAUGUAAUUGAAAUGACGCGUCCCUGGCCUGGGGACGCAGUAUCCAGCGUUGUCUCAACUUGAUUAACAUUGUGACGUAUAGUUUGAACUAUGAACUUAGAAUUUUCAAUGAAAUCUUUAUAUUGUAUGCAUGCUACAUUUGUUUGAAUAUAUAUGCUUAUUUAUAUAAUACUUUUGGAAGUUUGGAUAUUUAUUUAAGAUUUUUUCUAUAUACAUUUAUAUACAUAACAUGGAUUAAAAUUGUGUUUUGUUAAAAA